GGGAGGGAGGGGCGGGCACUGCAGCAGUGCGCCUCUCGAGCUGUCUCCGGUAAUGUUCCACAGAUACACACGCCCCUCUCCGCCCCUGCCGCGAGACAGGUGGUUGGACCGUGCGCCUUCAUCCCCGCGCGCUCCCUAUUAGAAUAACGAGGGGGGGGAAAUACAUUUAUAUAUACAUAGGCCUAUCUGUUGACAGCAGGGGGGGAAAGGGUCGGCCGGCGCGAGCGCGUCCCCGAUGGACUUCCAGCGUGUGACCUCCUCGGCCAACACCGGGCGGACGGCGGGAGAGGGGGGCAGCAGCCCGAGCGAUCCCCGGCCCAAAUGUUUCGCGGCGGAUUCCUGGAGAUGCCGCUGACGGGGGAGCGCGUGCGGGCAGCGGAAUGAGAUGCGCCGGUAGCGGGUCGACGCUGUUUCGGUGGGGAAUCCUUAUCCGUGUGUUUGCUGACAAUCCACCCUUUCUGGGGAAGUUUCCCCCCGGGAGUGGGCUUUCGUUAUGGCUUCGGGCGCCGGCAAGGCUGCACAGCCCCCCGGGCAGGGCUCCGCCGUGAACGGGACCACUGCGGCAGAGUUCUCCAAUAUCGAGCAGGAGCUGUACGACUACCAGAUGCACAGCAAGAUGUGCAAGAAGAUCGCCCAGCUCACCAAGCGGUCUGUCCCGGCUGAAUGGGGGCCGGGGCUGGAGUGUGUUUACACGGCGCAGCCGGCCAAUGGGAGGCCAGCGGUGAUUUACUCGCUGAACAUGAAGAAUGAGGAGCAGGAAGCGGCCCUGCAGGCCCUGAGCCACGCUCACCACGACGAGCUGCACCGCAUCCUGAUGGACACCUGCCACGAAGGCGAGGGCUCGGCCUUAAGGACCCGUCUCCUUGAACUGCAGGAGUCUCUGGACCAGCAGCAGCGCGUUGGAGCCCAGGUACAGGCCGACUUUGAGUGCUUCCGCCUGCAGGUGGAGGAGAAGGAGCGGGAGACGGAGGCGGAGCUGAGGAAAGAGUUCGAGGAGAAGCUCCGGACCGCCGAGGCCGAGCUCCAGGAGGCGAGGGCUCAGGUCAGCCAGACUCAGGAGGAGAGCCUGAGCCUGAGCGCGCAACUGGAGAAAGCCGGGGAGCAGAUCCAGGAGCUGAACGCCAAAUGCGAGGAGCUUCAAAACGCAGCGGACGAGGAGAGGACGAGGAAGGACGAGGAGAGACAGAAAGGGGACGAGGAGAAGGAGAAGCAGGAGGAGGAGAGGAGAACCGAGAAGCACGAAGACCUGAAACGGGUCAAGGGCCUCUUGGAGGAGCUGAAGGCUCUGAAGGAGGAGAAGGAGGGAGCGGAGGAGGAGAAGAAGCGGGCGGUGCGGGAGGAGCGGGAGCAGUGGGAGCGGAGGGUGACCGACCUGAAUGAGGAGCGGGAGGCCACGAGGAAGAGAAUCGAGGCGGAGUGGAGAGAGGAGCGGCAGAGGUGGGAGGAGAGGGAGGAGGAGGAGAAAAAGGGGAUGCACAGCGCCCUUCGAGAGAGGGUGAAGCGGGCCGAGGGGGAGGUGGAGAGUCACCUGGAGAGGCUGGCGGAGAGCAAGAGGCACACGGUGAAGCUACAAGAGCGGAUACAGGACCUGGAGGAAGAGCUGGAGCUGGAUCGGAAGCGGGUGUCCGAGGCCGAGGGCGUGGUCAAGCGGGCGGAGGAGGAGCUGGCGGUGGCGAAGGAGAGGCUGCUUCUGCAGGAGAACGAGCUUCAGAGCAGAGCAGAGGAGCUGCUGAGUCGUGGCGGGUGCGAGGUCUGCGUGUGCGUGGAGAUAGAGGAGCUGCGGGCCCAGGUGAGCCGCCUGCAGAGCCGGAACAGAGAGCUGGAGCUCCAGAGCAGCGGCAGAAACAGCGACCACGCCCGGCAGAUACGGCAGCACGCCGAGGCCCUGUCCAGCCUGCGCUCGGAGAUGGUCAGGGCCCAGACGGAGGAGCUGCGGCGCAUCCAGAAGCACGCGGACGACGAGAGGGACAAACUGCAGAGAGAGAUGGAACGGGAGAAGGAGAAGCUGCAGAGGGAGAGGGAGCAGGAGAAGGAGCGCUUCGAGAAGGAGCGCGGCAGGCUGCGGCGGGAGAAGGACGAGGAGAAAGAGGCGCUGCACAAAGAGGCGGAGGAGGUCAGGGAGCGGCUGAGGAGGGAAAAGGAGGAGGAGGUGGAGCGGCUGGGCAAAGAGCUGGAGGUGGAGAGGGUCCGCGUCCGCGCCCAGCUGGACAAGAGCAUCGAGCAGGUGGAGGCGGAGCGGGCCAACGUGCAGCAGAAGCUGGAGGAGGAGAAGAAGAGGCUGGCGGAGAAGGCGGAGGAGGACAGGAAGCGGCUGAAGGAGCAAGUACGCAAGGCCAUAGAGGAGGUGAUGAGGAGGCACGCGGCCGAAUUAAACAGCGUCCAGGAAGCUCUGAGCUCAGAGAGGAAGACCAACCAGGAGGUUUGUGCGCGUUUGGAGGAGGAGAGGCGAGCUGCCGAGGAGCUGCGCUACGGCCUGGAGAAGGAACAGGAUGAGCUGAGGACAAAACUGAAGGAUGCCAGCGCAGAGAUCUGUAGGCUGGAGGCAGCGGUCCAAAAGAGUGACAAGAGGGAAAAGGCGCCUCCUGAAGCUUCCCCCCCCUCGUGCGGGCCGCAGUGCUCCCGGCUGGAGGAAGAGCUUCACCAGGCCCGGGGGCGACUGGCCCGCGUUCAGGAGGAGGCGGAGAGGCACCGGGACAGGCAGCAGAAAGAGAUCGCGUCGCUGAGGGCCGACAAGCAUCGGCUGGAGGAGAAAGUCCUGGAGCAGAGCAGGAAGAACACGGAGAAGAGCCUCCUGGAGCAGAGCCAGCGGAACAUGGAGGACCGGAUCAGGGCAGAGUGUGAGGAUCGUCUCAGAGCAGAGUUCAGGAUAGAGAUGAACGCCGCCGUGGCCGAGAGUGAGCAGCGGUGGGCCGACCGGGAGCAGGAGCUCCAGAGCCAGAUAUCUGAGCUGCAGGGUCAGCUGACCGAGCUGGAGGUGAGCCCCUCAGCACAAACCGCAUCACAGAAUCCCUCAUUUUCCCCAUUAGGGCUUCACCCCAUCAUCCACACAGUGGAAGAGCGGACAUCCCCGAGCUCUGGAUAUUUAAUUAAAACCGUCCUUAAAGUAGGUCAGCCUAAUUUUAUGGCGGAUAAGAAGAAGGCGGGACAGGGAGACGAUUGCCACGGCAACCCUGAAAUCGACAGGCUGAGAAAGGAAGUCCAAGACACCAGGGAAAUAAACAAGAAACUGAGGGAACUGCUGCAGGAGCCAAAAAGCCAGUCGUCAGCGGAGGAAAAACACGGUCACGCCAUGGCGCUGCAGGCAAUGGAGAGGCAAGCAAAGGAAGAUCUGUUGUCUGAGAGGAACAGACUUCAGACCAUGCACCACUUGGAACUCGGUAACACGCGCGCGCUCUCACACACAACCGCAUCAAAACUGAAAGACGCGAGAAAAUAAACUCCCAACAAUGAAAACCUCUCUUAUCUUUUGUGUGUGUGUGUGUGUGUCUAUUUUUGUGCACAGGACUUGAAGCAGCAGAACCAGUACCAGGUGUUCGAGCGACAGCUGGAUGAGAGUCGCUGUGCCAUGCUGGAGCUUCAGAGGGAAAACGCAACGCUGAAGAAGCAGCUGAAAGAGCGGUCGGUGCAGAAGAACCCUGAAACCGAGGAGAAGGAAGAGGAGAGUGUGGACGUGGAGAAGAAGAGGGACGCUCAGCUGGAGGAGGAGGCGCAGCGGCUGAAGGAGGAGGUGGAGAAGCUCAGGGUGGAAAUGGAGAAACUGGAGGAGUCGCAGAAGCACUGGGAGGACAGGAGAGAGGACGAGGUGAAAGAGGAGGAGGAGGUGGACGAGGAGAAGAAGAAGGAGCGGGAGGAGGAGAAGCGCAGAGAGGAGGUGGAGGAGAUCAGGAAGGAGCACAAGAGGGAGAUGCAGAGCCUGGUCACCGAGUACAGCUCCGCCCAGAAUCACCUGCAAGCCCGGAUAGUGGCGCUGGAGAACGAACUGCGUGAGCGGGAGGAACGGUGCAGGAGGAGAGAGCCCCGGUGCGAGGACCUGCAGCUGGGCAGGCUCCAGGAGAAGCUGACCGAGAGAGACCAGCUCAUCAAGCGGCUGGUGGAGGAGAGGCAUCAGCUGCAGCUCCACCCUCCCGUCGGCGGGGACGGCGGCGCCCUCAGGCUCCGUGACGGCAAGUCCCGCCCGGGCAGCGUCACGCCGACCAUGAGGACGAAGCGUGUGGAGUCGCCUCCUCGUGUCACCAGCACAGCCGCCUACGACAGGAGCAUCUUCCUCCCCCACUCCUCCUCCUCGUCUUCCUCCUCCUCUGUCCAUCAGCACUCCUCCUCCACCCUCCCCCACCAGUCCUCCUCCCAUCCCCAGAUCUCCCCCCACUACUCCACCUCCUCCCUCCCGCACAAGCACACCUCCCUGUCCCUGAGCCAACAGUCCUCCCCCUCCCUGGCCCGCUCCACCAGGUCCCGGACCUCCUGCAUCCCUCCCACCCCGGCGCCCACCGCGCCUCUUCCCGUGUGCCCCUCACCGCAGACGGGCAUCCGAUACGUGUCCCCCUCCUGCCAGGAGCCACACGCACACCUGCAGGCCCACUCGAUCAGGGGCCCGUACCUGGAGCAGAGGGGGAUAGAAGGGCUGAAGCAGGAGUGGUUCACCAAAUACUUCUCCUUCUGAGCACAAACACACAUUAAAACACACACAGACACACAGCAGCCGCAAGUACAUCUCAUAUACAGGUCAUUGCUUCGAUUUCAGACAGGUAACGUCCCA